AUGGCCGAUUUGGGUGGCCAGCAAGGCCGGAACUACCGGCCUUACGGACACUCCUCCUCCUUUCAACGUGAUGCCGCCUUUAACGAGAUCUUUGGUGGGGCGCCGCCACCCGGACGCUCGCAGACCAUGACCUCGCAAACCCCUCAGUUCUCUCAGGAUCGUGCCUACACCAUCCCCCCGCAGCCCUCCCGCCUCCCCUCCAAUGGAUACACCCCACCCGCCGCCAACGGCUACUAUCAGGCCUACCCAGGCGCCGCCACCAUGGCCGCCCAGCCGGCGCCCCAGAAUGCACCCCCCCGACCCUACCCGGGACGAUACGCCUAUCCGCAACCCCAGCGACUGGAUUCUCGGCCCAGCCCCGGCCCCCAGUAUCCGGAUGCCAAGGGCUAUGGUCGCCCCAUGCCCCCGCCGGCCUUGAAUACCGACGCCUAUCGGUCGAGGUCCAUGGCGCGCAUGGGCGGCCCUCCGGUCUACCAGCCCUCGCCGAACAGUUUCAAUCACACCUCGGCCAGCGCCUUUCGCCAGCAGCCCUACAAUGCCGCCGCCCCCAUGACGGCUCAGGGUCGGGUCGUGCCCGAGCGACACGGCAACGAGCGGGCCAUGUCCUUGACCUCGUACUCGGCCGAACGCGAGCAACCCCAUACUACCAGCACGGGGCGGGUGAUCCCCGCCCGUCGACAGCCGUCGGGCCCCAGUCAGCCGCCCGUCAACCCCAGGAUCGAGCAGGAGAUGGCGGCGGCAGCGGCAGCGGCGGUGGCCCCCACUGCCAACGGGAAACACCGUCCGCCCAGCGACGGCUCGACCAAUGGGCGCUCCAUGUCGAUCGCCUCGACCGUGGUCCCCGACCGGACCAUGAGCAUGCAGAGCCAAAUGGCCCACAAAACCAACACCCAGACCACGACCACGACCCUGGUCUCGAGUAACUCGCGCCGCAGCAAGGUGCCCCUGGUCUAUCCGGCGCUGCUGUCCCGCGUGGCGGACGGCUUCCGGGAGCGCAUCGUGCUGAAGGAACGGCAGAAGAACGAGCUGACCUACCAGAACGCCUUCUCGGGCGCCGAGGCCGUCGAUCUGAUCGGCUACAUCAUCAAGACGAAUGACCGCAACCUGGCUCUGCUCCUCGGUCGCGCUCUAGACGCGCAGAAAUUCUUCCACGAUGUGACGUACGACCAUCGCCUCCGCGACGCUCCCGGCGAGAUCUACCAGUUCCGCGAGACCAUGGGCGAGGAGAGCCCCAGCUCCGACGUGAACGGGGUCUUUACGCUGCUGACCGAGUGCUACUCCCCGACGUGCACCCGCGACAGCCUCUGUUACUCGAUCGCCUGCCCGCGGCGGCUGGAGCAGCAGGCCCGCCUCAACCUGCACCCGCAACCGGGGCUGCGGACGUCGGCCUCCAAGGGUAGUCUGCACGGCGACGACGACGACAACGACAACCAGAAGUUGUGGAUCAACAUGGUCCCCAAGGAGGUCUCGGACAGCAUCCCCGACAAGGAGAAGAAACGCCAAGAGAUUAUCUUUGAGAUCAUGUACACGGAGCGCGAUUUCGUCAAGGACCUGGAGUAUCUGCGGGACUUCUGGAUGCGACCCCUCCGCGCCGCGGGCCCCACCGCCAGCUCGCCCGUCCCGGAGCAUCGCCGGGAGAAGUUCAUUCGGACUGUGUUCGGCAACUGCCUGGAGGUGCUCAAGGUGAACGGGGGCCUGUGCGAGGCGCUCAACAUUCGCCAGAAGGAGAGCCAGGUGGUCCAGACCGUCGGUGACAUCUUCCUCCAGCACGUGCCCCGAUUCGAUCCCUUCAUCAAGUACGGUGCCAACCAGCUCUACGGCAAGUACGAGUUCGAGAAGGAGAAGGCGUCGAACCCCGGGUUCGCUAAGUUCGUCGAGGAGACGGAACGGCUCAAGGAGUCCCGCAAGCUGGAACUCAACGGCUACCUGACCAAACCCACGACCCGUCUGGCCCGGUACCCGCUGCUCCUGGAGCAGGUCCUGAAGAACACAGCCGACGACAACCCGGACAAGGAGGACAUCCCGAAAGCCGUCAAGAUCAUCAAGGACUUCUUGUCCCGCGUCAACACGGAAAGCGGCCGCGCGGAGAACCAUUUCAACCUGGUCCAGCUGAACUCGGCCCUGAAAUUCGGCCCCGGCGACUAUGUCGACCUCAAGCUGACCGAGGAGAACCGCCAGAUGCUGACGAAGAUGGGGUUCAAGAAGACCCCCACGGACAGCUCGGAGGUGACCGCGUACCUGUUCGACCACGCGGUGCUGCUGGUGCGGAUCAAGAUCAUCAACAAGCGGGACGAGUACCGGGUCUACCGGAAGCCGAUCCCGCUGGAGCUUUUGGUCAUCGCCCAGAUGGACGAAGUCAUCCCGCGGGUCGGCAUCACCAAACGACCGUCCUCCAGUCUUCUGUCCAACAAGGCGGUGGUUAACCCUCCGACCACCAAGGACGGGUUGCCCAUCACCUUCCGCCACUUGGGCAAAGGCGGGUAUGAGCAGACCCUCUACGCCACGUCCCCGACGCAGCGACGGAAGUUCAUCGAGAUGGUCGAGGAGCAACAGCGCAAGCUCCGGGAGCGGAACAGCAAUUUCUACCACAAGACCGUCCUCUGCGAGCGCUUCUUCACGGCCGUCAAUCGCGUCAACUGCCUGGUUCCGGUGGAUGGAGGCCGAAAAUUGGUCUACGGGACCGACAGCGGCAUCUACCUGUCGGACCGCUGGCCCAAGGAUAAGUCCGCCAAACCCCGGCGCGUCCUCGACGCCAGUCAGGUGACGCAGAUCGAUACGUUGGAGGAGUAUCAGCUGCUCCUGGUGUUGGCAAACAAGACCCUGACAUCCUAUCCGAUGGAGGCGCUGGAGAUCAACGAGAGUCAGAACGCGCUGGCCAAGCGACCCAAGAAGAUUCAGGGCCAUGCCAACUUCUUCAAGGCUGGGAUCGGUCUCGGUCGUCACCUGGUCUGCUCCGUCAAGACCUCCGCCCUGUCGUCCACGAUCAAGGUCUACGAGCCGAUGGACAAUUUGGCCAAGGGCAAGAAGAAGUCCGCGGUCAGUAAGAUGUUCCAGAGCGGCCAGGAUACAUUGAAGCCUUUCAAGGAAUACUACAUCCCUGCGGAGUCGUCCUCGAUCCACUUCCUUCGCUCCACCCUCUGUGUGGGCUGCGCCCGUGGGUUUGAAGUCGUCAGUCUGGAGACCACUGAGACGCAGUCGCUCCUGGAUCAGGCCGAUACUUCGCUGGAUUUCGUCGCCCGCAAGGAAAACGUCAAGCCGAUUCACAUCGAGCGGAUGAACGGCGAGUUCUUGCUGAACUACAGCGACUUUUCCUUCUUUGUCAAUCGCAAUGGCUGGCGCGCGCGUCCCGACUGGAAGAUCUCCUGGGAGGGCAAUCCCAACUCGUUCGCCCUCUCCUACCCGUACAUCCUUGCCUUUGAGCCCAAUUUUAUUGAAAUCCGGCACAUCGAGACGAGCGAACUGAUUCACAUCAUGACGGGCAAGAACAUUCGCAUGUUGCAUUCAUCGACCCGCGAGAUUCUCUAUGCCUACGAAGAUGAAGGAGGCGAGGACGUCGUCGCCAGUUUGGAUUUCUGGAGCAAACCGCAGAUUUAG